ACUGUAGACAAUGGCUGAACUGUAAGCACAUUAUUAUUAUUAUUGUCACAAAAAACACCGAUUUAUCGCCAAAUUCAGUGCACAUUUCGACACCAUUUGGUCAUCAAUUGUGUCGAUAAUUGACCGAAAAAUUGCUUUUCAAAGGUUUUGAAUCCCAAGAGAUCGGAUAAAAUGGCAGAUAAUAGCAAUAAUCUGCAACUUCUUCGCGUCAAUCACUCGAUCAAAAUGACGGAAGCGUUUGAGUCGAUGUUUUUGGACGAAAGUCUGUGCGAUAUAACCAUCGGUUGUGGCGGACACUCAGUGAAGGCCCAUCGGGUCAUACUGGCCGCCAGUUCCUCGUACUUUCGGCAGAUCCUGUCCUCCAUCAACGGCCAGACGCAGUACCCGAUCGUCAUUGUGGACGGCAUCCAGAUGUCGGACCUGUCGGCGAUGUUGGAGUUCAUGUACAGGGGAGAGGUGACCAUUCCUCACAGCCAACUGUCCUCUCUGAUCAAGAGCGCGGAGUUACUCGGAGUGAGCGGUUUGUGUCAAUUGGAUCCCAACGCACAGAAUCUGAAUGACUCGCCACAGGACAAGAGCCGCACUUCCAGUCCCACCGACAGCACCGGUGGGCCCCCGAGGAGGGGUCGGAAGCGUAAGAAAUUGCAUCCGAAGCCGGAGAACGAGAGGAAUAACGAGAUGAUUGGCUCGGACUCCGAGCACGCGUCGAAAAAUCUGAAGAAUGCCGAGGAAUGCGACGAAAGCGAAGAUCUGGACACAAGCGAUGCGAAGACAGAUCCGUCUGAAAAGUUGGCCAAAUCUAAGCUCCGGUCGUGGACUCAACAGAUCGCUAUGAAAGCCAACCACAAGGACGCCGAAGAAUCUCCGCAAAUGUCGAACGACGACGAGAGGACAGCCAACCAAAUGAUCGCCGAAGACAUGAACCAAUCGGAGCCGUCGCAGGCGAAUGAGAGCGCCGGCAGUCCGCAGAUCAAGAAACACAUUAUAAAGCAUUCCAGAGCCCGAAGAGUUCCACUCAAAUACAGCGAAUACACGCUUCCGAAAGGCAUUAACGAAGUGAAGCAACAGAUUGUCGACAAAAACGAGACACAAACGAAAGACACGGACGGAGAGACUGAUGACCCGAUCGCCAGUGGCGUCACUCUUUCAUUGAGACCUCCGUCGCCGAGACUAACUCGAGGCAGAAGUCGAGUCCAUUCCGUUGACGAUCCCAAAGACUCCAAAGUGAUUACUACGCCCUCCAAAGAGGAUCCGAUGGACAUAGGGAUGGCCUCGACCUCCACGUCCGCUGAUGGAGGACUGACGCCCAACACUCGCAGCCGAAAGCAGACGUUUUCCCCCUCUGAUGGCAAACCACCGAAAGAGCCGAUUCCCGAAAGCAGUUCCCAGCAGUUGGUCGGCGAGAAAGUGGUGAUAAAGUCAGAGGACGAGAGCUCCCAGAACUCGCAGUCCUCUCAAGUGCGCCCCAAAGCAUCGCCCGUUAAGCCUCAAAUCUCGACCCUACCGUCGAGUUCGCUAAUUAAGUGGCGCCCAAAAGACCCGCAAUUGACGACAACUAAAUUCACGUCAAAAGUGCGCUCAUCUCACGACUCCUCGCAACAGCAACUUAAUUACCAGUACGAGGCCGUCGAGGAGGACGGCCCCCCUGUCUACCGGUGCUCCUACUGUCACCACAGCUUCCGCAGUAAACAGAACAUCAUUGAUCACAUCCGCUCCGUACACAUCAAGUCCGAGGAGCGAUACGUCUGUCCCCUGUGUCACAAACAGUUCAAAUGGAAGACCAGUCUAAACAAUCACUUGAAUCAAAUGCAUCCUCUGUCCCGACCCACACCUCUCCGGCACUUCGAUAAGACCCGCAGAUCUCUGCCGUAA